UUUUAAUUUUUAGUCAGUAAAAGAAUAAAAACAAGUAUGAGACAUUCUCAUGAUCUGGAGGAUGUCUUUGAUUGUACUUCAGUAGUUAACAAAAGUAAAUCCUAUCUACUUAAAUCUGCAACAUUGUUGAGUAGUGAUACUGAGCUAUCGAGAGAACUGUCUCAUUGUUUACUGGAUAGUACUACUGGACUGUCCAAUUCUGUUUUCCAUAACUGUUGUCGAAAAUGUGGGGUAGUACAAACUGCGACAAACAGAACUUUUAGGCUAAAACCAAAGCAGAAAUGUGGCAAAAACAUUCAAAAAGCAUUGAAAAGUCAAAAACGAUACAUGUCGCAAUCUAAAAGGACCAAGAAAACUUUGAGAAAAUUUGUUCAAUCGAGAGCCAAAUUUAUUAUGAAAUGUAAAAACUGUGGAUUUUAUGACAAAAUUACUUCAUGCAACAGAAGUGAGAUUUGUGCUAUAAAAAAGGAACGACAGAAAAAUUCAAGAUGCAAUGCCAAAAAAAAUACGGAUUCUCCCGCAUCACUGAAAAAUACACCUACAUCCAAACGUUCAAGUAUUGAGAGUUUCAUCAAUACCUCUUUCAACGAAGAAAGAAAAUCAAGUCCAUUUAUGAAUCCUAGAAACAAGAAAAAACGUUUAUCACAGUUGUCUCAACUUCUUGCCAAUGAAGCUUCACAAUCUCCGUCAUCAAGUCUUUCUGAUUUUUUGCAAAGCUUAUAGCAGAAAUCAAACAAUUGCAACUAUUCCCAUUUGAUUUACACCACCCUAUUACAAUCACUAAGGAUGUAAGGCUAUCGAUCAUGAUACUAUUUUCAAUAUUGUACCAUUUUAGUAUAACAAUUUUUUGUAGAAAUUUAUUUCUUGAAAUAAAUUUUGAAGACAACUUCGGAGCUCAUGUUGAGAUAUCUUCAUAUUUAUGGUCUAGGCAAACAGUGUUACUGUAUUUUAUUAUUUUGCAAUUGUUUCAUUUAUGAAACUAUGCUUCAAAUUAUUCAAUAU